CUGCAGUUGUGGUUGCCUCAAAGUAACCUUACUAUUUUCUUGAGUUAUAAGUUGUUGAAUUUCUUGGAUGAAAUUUAUUUGUCAAACAAAAAUGAAGAAAAUGGGGUGCAACUCAUUCUUUUAAUAAUUUUUGUUUUUUUUUUGAGCAGAAUAACCAAACCGUAAAGACUGAUUAAUGGUAAUUUUGCUGUGAGUACUUUCAACACAAACUCAAAAGUUACUUCUUAUUGUGAUUUGUAUAAUAUUUGAAAUAUGGCCCAAUCCUCCCAGCCGAACUCCUCCCUGUGUAAAUCCUCUGUACCAAGGAUUUAUCAUGAGAUUAUGGAGGACGUCAUAUCAGGGGUGAGAGAAGCAUUCCUAGAAGAUGGAGUGGACGAGCAAGUAUUACAAGAGCUAAGGCAAACUUGGGAAACCAAACUGGCAGCCAGUAAAGCUAUACCAAAUGAGGCUGAAGAAAAGGCCAAAAAGGAAAUUAUGCAUUCAAAUGGUUAUCCAAAGCAGGUAGCAACCCAACAGCAAAUGCAGCCAUCACACCCUCUUCCCAGUGUACCUGUACAGCCUGUACAGUCAGUACUCGAGACUAAAAUGGUUCCGAUACAGAUAACGUUGCCCCCUCAGCCUGGAACAGACGGACCACAACGCGUGCUGACAAUACAGGUCCCCGCUAUAGCUCUUCAAGGAAACCAACUCCAAAAGGUACUAACUGGUCCGGUUAUCACAGCAACCAUGGGCCUUCCUCCUGGAAUAGCAUCCUCCCUGUUACAACAACACGUUAAUGCUGCAUUCCUCAGUCAUCAAGCUGCAUCUCUCCACAAAAACCCUUCUCAGACUGAUGGCACAGUGAGCGACUCUGAAGAUGGUUUGGAAAUCGAAUUUGUUUUGCCCAAAUGUAAAUCAAACAAAAAAAUUCACAAUAAGAAGAAAUUGACAAGAACUACCAAAGAAUUGAAACAAGUAGAUGGUGGUAUGGAUACUUCAGAUGAUAAUACAGAUGGAUCAGAGGAUGACAAUGACGACGAUGAUCCUGACGACGAUAAGGACGAUGAAGACCAAGAAAUUGAAGAUGAAGGUGGCGAAGAAGAGCCGCUCAAUUCAGAAGAUGAUGUUUCUGACGAAGACCCUACAGAUCUCUUUGAUACAGACAACAUUAUUGUUUGCCAGUACGACAAAAUAAUUCGCAAUCGAAACAAGUGGAAAUUCUACUUGAAAGAUGGCAUUAUGAAUUUAAACAUGAUAGAUUAUGUCUUCCAGAAGGCCAAUGGUGAUGCAGAAUGGUAAACAGAGUAUAGGGAAUGGGUUCAACAGACUUGUUCAAUUUUGGAAACUUCAACUGUUGCUUGAUUCUAUUUCUGUUCUAUGUUUUAUUAGUCUUUAGUAAGUACCUACUUAUUGGAAUAUCUAUGGAUUUGAUUUAGUUAUUUUUUUCAAGAUUUUAGAGAUAUCAAUAUUUAUUUCCCUUUCAACUUUUCUUCCAUUUUGGGGUAGAUUUGAAUAAAUUUCUUUAUUUUUAUUUCCAAAUAAGUGCUUUCCCCUGCCUUAUAGUUGUUGAAAAAAAAAGAUAAAUAAAAGAGGAUAUUUUUGCACAGGCAAAAAAGUUUUGAAGAAGACUGACAUGAUUUUUUUUAUUGUCAGGUAGGUUGGCAUAAAGAAUAUUGACAAUGCCCCUGUAUUUUAAAAAUAAUAAUUGUAUGUUUUGUUUUUCUCUAUUAAUAUUAAACACAAUAAUUUUUUAUAAAAAAAUUGGUCAGGUUGCCAGAGCUAAACAUUUUUCCUUAGGGAAAACUGAAACGCAACUUUGGGGAAGGACAAAGGCGAGUCAAAAACAAUUUUGCCAGUUAUAAACACCAUAGCUUGACACUUGUCAAUUCACGCGCCAGUAAUAUAUUCAUUGAACUUCCUUGAAAAUCAUACAGAAUUUUGUUUAUUUAUACAUUUCGCACCUCAGAACUACACAUUUCAAUAACCGCGUGUGGCUAAAUUCAGCUGGUUUAGGCACCGUGGUGGAAUGGUAGAACAAGCAGUGUUAUUAAAUUAAACAGGAUUUGGCAAGCUGUGGUUUGGCAUUGGCAUUAGUGAAUUUUAAUCACCGCAUCCGUGGCGGUGCACCAUUUUGGUGAAUUUAGCAACACGCGGAAUCAGGUCUACCCCAAUUUUCCCCCCAUCAAUGUUGCUCUUUAGUUUGCUUUGAGGAAAAUUCUUUUUGAAUUCACACCAUUAAUCUUUUUCCCAAUAUCUGGCCUAUAAGAAAAUACUCUAUGCUUUAAAGUUGGUAUAGUGAGAUACCAACUUUACAGAUUUUCUACUGCAGUUAUGGCUCCCUCUUGGGCUAGUUGUAUUCAUUGUUUGAAAGUUAAGGUGCAAUAUAUAUUGUGCAAACAAAAAUAUUUGGGUAGAGGAAAAGAAAAUGAUGGUCACAUCAAGUGAGUGUAAACUAGGUGGGGCCAGGAGAUCCUCUUCCUCACUUUCAAGCAUCUAAUUCUAUGUAAUCAGUUUACUUCACAUCUGCAUACAAAUUUGCUGCUAUCUAUUUUUGACAGAAAAAUAACUUUCAAGCAAUUGGUUAAUUUGAACCAUCCUGUAAUCUUGAAUGAUUUAUUGAGGGAAAAUGUAUGCCUAGGAGCCAUUUAGUCAUAACAGUACAGUUGGGAAGAUCUUCUGCCAGAGAGGGUGUUCUUUACAAUGACGUUGACUCUGUGCAUUUCUCUUGUUUUUAUUUUUAAAAUUAGAUUGUUCACUGUUGUAACCCAAUUUAUGUAUCCUAGCCAACCCAUGUAUAUAGAUAUAAGUUUUGUUAGUUCUAAUAUAGGAUUUGUUUUCUUUACUUGUACAUUACUUCUAAUUUGUUAUAAUUAUUCCUUGAAUAAACGUUUCAGCAACCA